AUGCUUCAACCGCUUGACGUAGUGUGUUUUGGCCCGCUACAGUCAAACUACGAGAAAGCACUCACGAAACACAUCCACCAAAGCCGCAGCCUGCUACCAUUCAAGAAAGGCGACUUUUUUGGCCUAUUUUGGGAUGCCUGGGUGAACACGUUCAGUAGCGAGCUUAUACUCAAGGCAUUUGAGGCCACAGGCCUAGUGCCACUCAACCCCAACGUUAUACUUGAUAGGUUUGCCGCCAACAAUCGCAACACCAAGCCCGCAGUACCAGUCAAUAGCGGCAAGGACCUACGCAACACUGAGCGAGCGCUGAGAAAUUCGGUGAAGGAUUGGGAUAGUAGUGAUGCGCGGAAGGUCAGGGCUACGGUACACUACCUCUCAGCUGAAAAUGAGAUCCGUACUAGCAGGUUGUGCAAGAGAUUCCUCAUGUUUCACCAUUUCAAGACCGAGGCGGAUGUCGGCGUGGAUUGUUUGGUGAGAUCCACCGACUUUGUCUACAACGCAAAGUCGACAGCGGGGAUUGAUUGCGUUUACACAUUCCUAACUUCUGCUCAACAGUGCAGAUACCGGAGAAAAGGGAAUGGCUAUUUCCAAAAGCUGCUACCUCCGGUGGAGUUUACUUACUCGCAACCAAUUCUCGAUCCUGAACUCAAGGAUGUAGAUUCUUCAGUGCUGGAGAACGUCCCAGCUGGGCUCACUUCCCAGGGUGUUCAGUUUACAGAUCUCUAUAGCGAAGGCUCCCCCGGACUGCUAAGGGCGGGAGGAUCGGCUUGGUACUUCAAUCGAAACACGGCACCCAUCAAUACUGCACAUGCCGAGGAGAGUUCGAUUCAGAAGCCCAUGUUCGAUUCCCUAGAGGUCGUCCUUAAUACGCCAAAUGUGACUGCGAGCUCCCAAUGGCGGCUCCUCGACGUCGCCGGUCAUGGCCUGGUUUCCGUCUUCUACCAAGACGAAGACGCCGGAGUCGUUGGAUUCUAUGAAAACGAUAAACAGAAAGGUUGGCUUCCAUUUACGCCACUGAAAAACACGAUAAGCCACCUUGAUCUCUUUGACAGUCGAGUAAAACUCAUUGACCUAGAUGGUGAUGGAGUUGCCGAUGCGCUUAUUCCCUCUGAGAAUGUCUGGUAUCCGUCACUCGGCGAAGACGGCUUUGGCCCUCCACAGUACUUUCCCACGUUUACAAAUGAAGAGGAGGGCCCUACGCAUUCACUCUUCACGCAACCAGAAUUCACGCAUUUCGCCGACAUUAGCGGCGAGGGACUCCAAGACAUCGUUCGCAUAUGCAACGAAGAAAUCUGCUACUGGCCUAAUCUGGGAUUCGGUCACUUUGAUGUCAUCUAUCUGCACUCUGAGGGCGCCAAGGUGUUCUUCAAUCAGUGCGGCAACGGCUGGAGCGAUGCACUAGUGUUGGAUUCAUUGUCGCAUGUAGACAGCAAUGUUUCCGUCGAGGCCGUUGAUUUGCUUGGCAAUGGAACGACGUGCCUUGUCGUCUCAUUGCCAUUCAGUUCCGAGUCUAUUGCGAUGCGGUAUCUGGACCUCAUGAGCACUAAACCUCAUCUCCUUACUCGGGUGGAGAAUAAUCUCGGUUCAGUGACAGAGGUGACAUAUGCCCCAUCUACCAAGUUCUACCUCCAGGACAAGAGAGCGGGAAACCCGUGGGUUACGAGACUUCAGUUUCCGGUACACGUGGUAGAAUCGGUGCGAACUUAUGAUCGGAUAAGUAAAUGCAUGUUCGCUAGUAAAUAUGCGUAUCAUCAUGGAUACUACGAUCCAGAAGAUAGCGAGUUUCGCGGAUUCGGCAUGGUCGAGCAGUGGGAUACCGCCGAGAUUUCUGCACUCACUGGGAACGUCUCAGAAACUGACCGAGUGAAUAUAUCACUCACUUCCGAUCUUCCGCCCGUACACACAAAGACCUGGUUCCAUCUCGGCGCAUUCCUAGAUCGCAACUCGGCGUCGCUGCACUAUGAGCACGAGUAUUUCCGUGACCCUUUGCUCAGCGAGGAUGUUGCGCGCCAGUGGUUCCUGCCGGAUACUGUGCUUUCUCCCGAGAUUGGGCAAGAGGAUGAGCAUGAUGCUUGUCGUGCCCUAAGGGGAAGGAUGCUGCGGCAAGAAGUAUAUACCGAUGACCCUCCAUCCCCGUCGAGUACAAAUGAGAAUGAAGUAGAUCUGUCACGUUUACCAUACAUUGUGACGGAGACCAACUUCAGCGUGAAUAUGAUCCAACCUCGCUCCGACACCCAGAGCGCCAUUGUACACGCGACAGUGCGCGAGACGAUAUCACAUCAAUACGAAAGGGGCAGCGUACCCCGCAUAACUCAUUCCAUGGUCUUGAAGACGAACGAGUUUGGCCAAAUUCUGAAACAAGUUACAGUAGGCUAUGGAAGGAGUAAGCCAGACAUGUCGCUGCCGGCCGAUUGGGAUGUAGAAGUGCAGCGGAAGACGUGUAUUACAUACUCGGAGAACAUGGUGACGAAUAAAAUCGACGACGAGACGCUAUACCCAGGAUCUUACCGAGUUCCAGCGCAGUGCGAAACCAAGUCAUUCGAGUUGACGGGAUUUGAGCGUGGAGGUUCGGAAUGGCCUCUUGUUUACGAGACAUGGACGAAAGACGACUUUAGUUUUGUCAAGUCUGCCGCAGAAAUCGGAUUUGAAGAGGAACCUGAUACGUCAGUGCCUCAGAAGCGCUUGUUAAAGCAAUCUCGCACUCUGUUCCGGAGAUUUGACCAUACCGGAAACCUUCCUCUAACGGAGAUGGAUCACAUGGCUCUUUCUGGGCAAAGCUAUCAGCUUACUUUCACAUCCAGCAUCUUAGAGAAGUAUCUCAAGAAGGACGGCCGCGCACUGAUUCAAAAUCUUCGGCCCUUGCUCACUGGGAAAUCUACAGAUGAUGGCGGAUACGUCAUUAGUGCAGAUCUAAAAACCUCGGGCAUCUUUCUUCCUACAGACCCUGACGAUUGCUAUUGGAUUCCAUCUGGUGAGACGUUCUACUCUCUCGAAGCAGGUGAUCCAACUGUAGAGCUUCAAGCCGCUCGCUCAAACUUCUAUCUCCCAAGACGCUUUCGGAAUUCUUUUGGCGCCGAAAGCACUGUCACAUAUGACGACUAUGACCUUCUCGUCGUGGACACGAUAGACUCCAUUGGCAACAGGAAGACAAUUGGUGAGAGAGACUCAACUGGGACUAUUCUGUCAAACGGAAAUGACUAUCGCGUGCUUCAGCCGCGUCUGAUGACGGAUGCAAAUCGUAAUCGAAAUGAAGUUGCUUAUGAUACCUUGGGUCUUGCGGUUGGGACUGCCAUAGAAGGGAAGCGGGGCGACACACCCCAAGUUGGGGACAGUCUUGUACGCUUCGACGCUGAUGUUGAAGAGGAAUUGACUCCAGAGUACAUUCAAGGCAUAUUUGCUGACCCUCAUUCGGUACUUAAGGGAGCCACAUCGCAGAUCCUCUACGAUGCGUUUGCCUAUAUGCGUACAAAGGACUCGCAAUCUCCCCAGCCAGCCAUAACGUAUACGCUGAGCCGUACGACUCACGAGUCGGAUCUCAGCGGCGAUGAGAAGAUGGAGGUCCAUCACGCAUACACAUACUCCGAUGGAUUUGGGAGACAGAUUCAACAGAAGAUCCUCGCCAAACCUGGCCCCGUUCUUAAGCGGGAUACCAACAGUCUGCCCAUACGGCAGUACGAACCUUUCUUCACUGAGCUGUACAACUUCGAGUUCGAUGUUCGUGCGGGAGUCAGCCCGGUCAUUUUCUACGACGCACUCGGGAGGGUGAUUGCAACCCUGUAUUCGAACUCGACGUACACAAAACAGACAUUUGAUCCCUGGAGUUCUACAGUGUGGGACAGCAACGACACGGUGGAACUAGAUCCACGGGAAGAUCCUGACGUGAAGAGGUACUUGAAGAGCUAUUUCGCUGACGAGGUCAUGGCGGGCCGCGAGUUCAAGACGUGGCUGCAGAGGAGGCAGACGGGAGGCAUGGGUACUGAGGAGAAGACCGUCGCCGAGAAAACUCUUGCGCACGCGGAGACACCAAGAGUUACCUACCUCGACAGUCUCGGCCGCGCAUUUCUAGCAAUGUCGCAUAACAAGGUGGCCGCUGAAGACUAUCAGCUCAAUGGUACUGAAAAGAAGCUGUAUACGCGCACUGAAAUGGACAUUACUGGAAACAUACUCGCAGUUCGCGACGCAAUGAAACAGGACGGAGAUGACAGAGGCCGUGUCGUUACCCAGUGCCAGUACGACAUGCUCGGUCGGCCCUUGCAUACCAUAUCUAUGGAAAAAGGACAGUCCUUCAUUUUAGUCAAUGUGCUCAAUCAGCCGAUGCGUGCGUGGAACAAUAGAGGGCACAUUGUUCGAUCGAGCUACGAUCAGGUGAACAGGCUCGUGCGUAUUUUUGUGCUCGGAGAUGCACUGAACAUUGAUGGGUCUGACCAGGAGAUUCAAGUCCAUAGGACUAUAUACGGAGAAAGCCAUCCAGAAGCGGAGGCGCGUAAUCUUCGCGGGACCGUGUAUAUGAUGCUAGACCAGGCCAUGGCGUCGACAACGGAGCGCAUCGACUUCAAAGGGAAUACGCUUGAGACGACACAAAGAGUGUGCCGUGAGUACAAGAAUACUGUUAAUUGGGCGGUAGUGGAGAGUAUUCUCUCCAAUGAUCCAAGAACACUUUUCGAUGCAGCUGCUCUCAGAGCAGUCCUCGAUACAAAACUCGAAAGCGAUAUAUAUCGAGCUUCUUCGACGUUUGAUGCGCUCAACCGACUCCUCACCUCACAGCUACCAUGCUCGGCGCGAGGUGCACAGAGUAGGCUUCGUCUCGGAUACAAGAACCUUUCUCUGGUCACAAUCGACUACAAUGUUCGGGAUGACUCGGCCUCUGACGAACUCGUUUGGGUCCGUUUCGUCAAGAAUUUGGACUACAAUGCCAUGGGGAAGCGAAUCCUUGUAGAUUACGGCAACGGGGUGCGAACAAUUUCAGAGUUUGACCUGGAAACUGAGGCUUUGAAACGACUGAGCACUUGGCGUAAUGUCGAUGUGCCAAAUCGUGUACGAGACUUGCUGCAGGAUAUAAAUUACACAUAUGAUCCUAUGGGCCACGUCACACACGUAUCCGACGACGCGCAAGAAACCAAUUUCUUCCGCAACGUCAUUGCUAGCUCCGUCAACGCGUACACCUACGACGCGCUGUACCAGAUGAUCGACGCAACAGGCCGCGAGCAUCUCGGUCAACCUCCUGGACCACCGCUGCCAUACACUAGCUCCGACUCCAAGCGGUUCGGUGCAUACCCCGGGGAUGCUGGGGCUAUGGGGCUAUAUACUGAACGUUAUGUUUACGAUGAUACGGCGAACAUGAUUGAAAUGAAGCAUGAUAGCUCGGAUACGAGAGUCGAUGUGGCUUCGAGGACUUGGACGAGGAGUUUUACGUACCAAGAGUCGAGUUUGACGUAA